AUGGCUGAUAUGGAAAGCAAGGACAGCGAAGUCUUGACCCCUGAGAUGAUGAAAUACUUUUGGGAUGCUUAUACUACGGUUGAACAACGAAAGUUGCAUACGGUAGCACCUUUACAGGCGUCGGAUGAACAGCUCAAAGGACUUCCUCCCGCUUUGAUCCUCACCGGCGAAAAGGACGUCUUGUGUUCCGAAGCCGAAGAAUAUGCAAAACGGUUAAAGCUGGCCGGUGUUAAGACCGUUGCCGCUCGAUAUCUGGGUACCGAUCACGGCUUACUGGCGCUUCCGCAAUUCGAAGCAGAAGGCGAUUCGGCUCUCGCCCAGACGGUCGAUAUGCUGCGCAGAACAUGGAACUCCCCUUCCAAAUUGGAGGCGUCAGAUUAG